AUGGGGGCCAGGACACCUUUGCUUUCUGUAUGGGCUUGCACCUUUGCCAAGACAGGGAUUUUAUUCCCAGGAGGCACUCCCCGGCCCAUGGGAUCUCAGCAUUCCAAGCAACACGGGAAACCCGGGCCCCUGAAACAGGGCCAUCGGAGAGACGGGAGAGCAACCAGAAGGAAAUACUGGAAGGAAGGAAGGGAGAUCGCUCGUGUCUUAGAUGAUGAGGGCAGCAACCUGAGGCAGCAGAAGCUUGACCGGCAGCGGGCCCUGCUGGAGCAGAAGCAGAAAAAGAAGCGCCAGGAGCCCCUGAUGGUGCAGGCCAAUGCUGAUGGGCGGCCCCGGAGUCGGCGGGCCCGGCAGUCGGAGGAGCAGGCCCCCCUGGUGGAGUCCUACCUCAGCAGCAGUGGCAGCACCAGCUACCAAGUUCAAGAGGCCGACUCACUCGCCACCGUGCAGCUGGGAGCUGCUCACCCGACAGCACCAGUCACAGCCAAGAGAACCAAGGCAGCAGCUGCAGCGGGGGGCCAGGGUGGGGCCUCUAGGAAGGACAAGAAGGGGAAGCAUAAAGGCACUGGCGGGCCAGCAGAACUGGCAGAAGACAAGUCUGAGGCCCGAGGCCCGGUGCAGAUCCUGACUGUGGGCCAGUCAGACCAUGCCCAGGACGCAGGGGACACGGCAGCUGGUGGGGGCACACGGCCCAGCGGGCAGGAACUCCGAACCGCGAUGCAGAGGAAGGGCAUGUCCAGCAGCAUGAGCUUUGAGGAGGAGGAGGAGGAGGAGGAGAACAGCUCCAGCUCCUCCCAGCUGAACAGCAACACACGCCCCAGCUCCGCCACUAGCAGGAAGUCCAACAGGGAGGCUGCCUCGGCCCCUAGCCCAACAGCCCCAGAGCCAUCAGUGGAUGUCGAGGUUCAGGACCUUGAGGAGUUUGCCCUGAGGCCAGCCCCCCAGGGUAUCACCAUCAAGUGCCGCAUCACGCGGGACAAGAAGGGGAUGGACCGGGGCAUGUACCCCACCUACUUCCUGCACAUGGACCGUGAGGAUGGCAAGAAGGUGUUCCUCCUGGCGGGAAGGAAGAGAAAGAAGAGUAAAACUUCCAAUUACCUCAUCUCUGUGGACCCAACAGACUUGUCACGAGGAGGGGAUAGCUACAUCGGGAAACUGAGGUCCAACCUCAUGGGUACCAAGUUCACGGUUUAUGAUAAUGGAGUCAACCCUCAGAAGGCAUCAUCCUCUACUUUGGAAAGUGGAACCUUGCGUCAGGAAUUGGCAGCUGUUUGCUACGAGACUAAUGUCCUAGGCUUCAAGGGGCCACGGAAGAUGAGUGUGAUUGUCCCGGGCAUGAACAUGGUUCACGAGAGAGUCUCCAUCCGACCCCGCAAUGAGCAUGAGACGCUGCUGGCACGCUGGCAGAAUAAGAACACAGAGAGCAUCAUUGAGCUGCAAAACAAGACACCUGUCUGGAAUGACGACACCCAGUCCUACGUGCUCAACUUCCACGGUCGUGUCACUCAGGCCUCCGUGAAGAACUUCCAGAUCAUCCAUGGCAAUGACCCGGACUACAUCGUGAUGCAGUUUGGCCGGGUAGCAGAGGAUGUGUUCACCAUGGAUUACAACUACCCACUGUGCGCGCUGCAGGCCUUUGCCAUUGCCCUGUCCAGCUUCGACAGCAAGCUGGCCUGCGAGUAGAGGCCUCCUCGUGCCCCUUGGGGUUGCCCAGCCUGGAGUGGAGCCGCUGCCUGCCGUGGAGACAGCCCUGCCUGCUCUCUGUACAUAGGCCUCCUGCCAGAUGAACCUCUGGUUCUCAGUGGGCUCCGUGGCCCAGCCAGCCAGGAUCUGGCUCCUCGGUCCCCUCUGCCAAGGCAGAGGAGUCGGUGGGUGUGUGUGAGGAGGGACCAGAGUGUAUUAUUUGUGAGCCCCAAGGUCAACACACACCCCACUCGGGUGGGUCCUGCUGCUAUGGUGUUUGCCAUGCGGGGAGACCCCUUCAAUCGGGAAGGCAGGAAGUGGUGUAGAGGGAGAGGAAGCACAACGCAGGGCUGAGGCCCCACCUUCCCUGCGGCCCAGGAUUCGGAAGACAAGGGGACCCCACAGCAAGGGGCUCAGUGAGUGUGCGUGUCCGUGGUGGGCGGUGUGGCCACGCGACCCAGCAGAGUGCAUGCUGACCAGGUUGGCCCUUCCAGCUGCAGAAGUUCUCCAACUUCAGAAAACCUUAGCCAAGACUGGGAAAGGUUAUGGGGGGCAGGGGUGGGGGAAGGCGAGUGGAGGACCCUGCCAGGACCGCAGAAGCCUGGCUGUCAGUGACUGUGGGAGCUGGCCGCAGGCUCUGGCUCAGUUGAUGUCUCUAGGUUUUCUCUGUGCUCUCAGGCAGUGGACAGCUGGCCCUUGAGGCCCAGCGUCUGAGAGAACAGAGCCUGCAGGACACAGCCUCCCUCCAUGGGGACUGACCGGGAGCCUGGUUGGCUACCCCUGGAGCGCUCUGCCCAGCAACCCCUGCACAACCCCCAGGAAACAGAUGGGGCCCGGGCCCCCACCCCCAGACUGCACACAGAUCAGUGCGCCGGGCUCCUGUUGGCAAGGCACCUUUCCUGGGCCAUGGCACGCUCCAGGAAGAACUGCUGGUCUCAGGACAGACCGGCUUCAGGUACUCUUUCCAGCCCUUCAGCACCCAGUGUGGCCAGCUGAGGUCGUGGAUGCCGAGGCUUGUGUGUGGUUCUUCUUGGGUGGGAAUAGUACAAGUCGAAGACGGCAGGGAAUAUUUUGGACCCAAGGAGAUCAGAGGUGGCAGGACCCUUAGAGCUCAGCUAGAACCAUCCUGUCACUUCUGGUCGAUCGUGCUUGGAAAGUGUGUCACCUGGUUGGUUUAGUGGCAGAGUUCAGAACCCAGCUCUCUUGGUUUCUUUGUUCCACAGUCUUCCCCGAGAAACAGCUCUCCCUGGCUCUCUGGCCUUCCUGGGACCCAGAUCACAUAUCUUCCUCCUCUCGCCUAUGCCAGAGAAUUAGGACUGUCAGCACUGAUGCAGGAAAUUGAAACCAUUUCCAUGGGAAGCUGGGCAGUUCCCUGCUGAAAAGCUGCCUGGCUUUUUACAGGCCAGUCUGAUCAGCACUGGCUCUUGUCCAAUUCCUCCCUGAGGGCAGGCCCUGCAGGGCGGCUGGCCUGUCUCUGCAGGUGAUGAUGGGGUGGAGUGUCCGGGGCUGGGCCUAUCUCUCCCCCCACCACAUUUCUCCAUAGAGGGCACCAGCUACCCUGCAUGCUUGGAAGCUCCAAGCUCUCGCCUGCUUGUCCCUUACCCCAUCAGAGGCUACUUACCUCGUUGGAGAUCCGUGGGAAGCAGGCAGGCGUUAUUCUUCACUUCUUCACUUCACUGCAGCCUGUUUGGACAGGCUACGUAGGAUUUAAAAAAAAAAAAUAAAAAGCAUAUUUGAAACAUGCUAGUGAGGCUCCGUAAUGGGUGCCGAGGUGGUCUGGGCUUGGGUGGAGGUAGUGUGCUCUCAUUUCCUUGUGAUCUACCUUGAGUGCUUGAAGACAGGCCUACCUAUUCCAGCUCGGACCUGCCAGCACCUCGGGCCUGUGUCUUUGUGAGAAGCCCCUCCAGUGAUCUAGUUUCGUUCACAUGGUGAUCUGGCUUCUAGACAGCUCUAAACUUGGGGACAUUUUGAGGGCACUGGGACUCCACACAGGUGGGUCCAUUUCCCAGUGAACUACUGUGGUGCCCCCUUCCCUUCUAUAGUCCCAGCUUAGCUCUUCCUUCCCUGACUUCAAGAAGACACCUGCUGACACGUGGGGUGAUGGAAACAAGAUUCUCUAAAGGCUGCUCAAGUUGUUUCUCUUCUGUGAACCGGCUGAUCUUGGGUCCUAGUGAGAAGGGGGAUCCAGUGGCAGAGUAGAGAAAUCAGAAGCACAAUGGAAAACUCUUGGCCUCUACUUUCUUCUCGAGUUAUUGGGAGAAGGAUUGGUUGGAACUUUCAGUGAGGUUAGGAACGUGGACUGAGCUUCCCAGCCAAGGCAUGGAGAAAGGUUAGCCUUGGCAUCAAAGCCCCUUUUGGGCAUUGAGUGACAAGCGAAGUCAGCUGAGUCACCUGCUCAAGACUUAGCCUCACGAGGUCUAUUCUUGAAACCCUGUUCCUGUGAUGCUGAUUUCCUCUGACCACUGGCCUCACAGCCAUGGUCCCAAAGACAUAAAGCUGCCAGGGCCCCUGGAGACCACCUGGGCUCAGCCUCUCCCACCCUCCACACAGGUGGCCCUUGGUCAAGCAGAAAACUCGAUGGCGUGAGUAAUCCCUAGGCGUGUUGGGCAGCGGGGGGCUGAGGCAGCUCCUCUGUAACUGCUCCUGGCCCUGUGACUCCUGGAGCCGCCCCCCGAAAUUCUGCACCCUCUGCUCCCAACAACUCUGCAGAGUGGUGAAGUUCACUUCCCCAGUUCUAGCUUUUCUUUCCUUCUGGCUUCAAGGUGCUCUGUGUCUGUCUGUGUGUCUGUCUGUGUCUGUGUGUACUCGGGGAAAAGGGCAAUCUGCAAACAAUCAACUGAGGUUUCUUAAGAUCACAUUAUGAGGACGAGUAGGGAAGGAAUAGGAUGUAGCUAUGAUCACCUGUGGCUUUUGUUCAUUUCACGCCCUUUAACCAGAAAGCAUACCUGGGAAAGUGCCAGCACUUUCUCCCAACAUCUCUGACCAGGAGGACACUGUCCACUGAGUUUUCAGUCCCCACUCUGCAUUCCCUAAAGAAAUCAGUGUGUUGCACAGCAUGCUUUUGGGUGAAUUUGAACAUAUUCUAGUGAAUGUGCCUUAAAAAUCACGACACUAGUUCAGAAGCAGCAUGUAAGGACCACACCCACGCUGAGGACGGGCCGGGAGCCGUGGCAUGUGAUAAACACAGAAGAGAACCAUGGGCGCCCACAUGCAGUGACAAGAAAGGUAACAGAAUGGUAGAAGCAGAAGUCCUUGCUUUCCUCGCAGCGGGCCUGCGGUGACGGAGGAGGCCAGGCUGGCCAUGUCCGUGGCUGUUCUGCAAGCACAAACCCCAUCCUAGGUGGAGGCCCUGGCUUUCCCUUCCUGCGGCAGCACUGGCCUUCCCCUCUAGGAUCGCUCACCUUGGUCAUGACAUCUCUGUGACCUCAGGAUGCCAGGUGGCGCUCAGCACUUUCUUCUUGAUGGCUGUGUGCUUUCUUGGGAUACCCAGCUGGGCGGGCUUGACUCCCUGUACCUGGGUCUGGAGCUGGGACCCUGCACGGCCCUGGGUCCUGGCUGGUAGGCCUGAAGCUGCCUCUAGAACAGGCUGAGGGAAAGGCUCUUGUCCUUCCAUACCUCCAGUUUGCAGUUUUCUGUCAUUUCAGGAUAGCGGGGAAGAGGCAUAGCGGAAAUCCCGGGACGGGUUUGGCUUCCAAAUUUUCCAACCAAGUUGAGAGAGUUAAGUUGGUUUUACAGGAAGCCCUGCCGCAUUCGGCAGCUUCUGAGGUGUUGAGCAAACCAUGUAAUGUCUUUAGGUCUGUUUUCUCAUCUACAAAAUGAGGUUGGACGGUCAAGCUUGUAGCAGGCCUCAGAGUGCAUGAAAGUUGAGCCUUGCUUUCAUCACUCCCUUUCUAGCUCAUCACGGUGCCUUUUUCCUUUCCUCAGACAGACGUCCCGUCACCCUUUCUCCUGCCCCUCCCGGUCCCCCCAUCAAGGUCCAGGCAGAGCUGGAGAGGAGGCUGAGCCCCGGAGUCUCCUUGAGGGUAACUCAGUGACUCAGAAAGGGAAGGCCGAGUCUUGCCUCUUUAAUCCUGCACUUGGUGACGGAGGCGACCUGGUCAGGAUAGACAUGGGCGUUUCUCUCGCGGGGAGCAUCCAGUGAGCCCGUUUCCAUAAUGCCUAGAAUGUGUGUGUCUAUUUGCACAAGAUUGUCUUUUCCUAUUUUGGAGUGGUCAGACAUUUUAUUUUUGUUCAAAAUUAUCUGGAGUUUUAGACAAACUUGCAAAACUGUGCUUUUAUUAAGUGACUUUUUGAAUAAACUCUUUGGUAUUCUGGAGCAAAUGUAUUUAUUUAUUGGUUUGUGCAACGACAAAGUUGGUAUUUUCCCAUGUUGACAUUAUGUAUGUUGUAGAACUUAGUGUUUGUCUAAGUACAGAACGUAUAGCAACGAAUUAAACUUGAAUUGUUUCAACACUGCUGUGUGCUUUUUUAAUCCCCACCCUGCCACAUAAAAUGGAAAAAAGUUCCCUGGAAUGUUAUUCCUAUGUCUCUCACUCCUUCAGUCCCGACUCGCCGAGGUGGAUAGGAGGGUGGUGGUAACAAGGGGGUGACUGCAGGGAUCUCAUGGCAGGUGAGUCAAAACUGCUCUUGACCACGCCCUUCCAGUUUCAGCGGGGUCAGGACUUGCAGGCUGGGAAGGACCAGAAGAACAGAGAGACUGAGGUAAGAUUUACUGCCGUACUCCUAUGCUGUGCCCACUGGAAGACUGCGCUGUCGUUCCCAAGAACGCGUCUGUGGGCCUGGCAUUUGAGAACAAAACAAGCCAUAGAGCCGGGAAAGGUAGGAAAAGCCCAGGUGGCAGAAAGGAGAUCCAGCCACUUGGUCCCACCGGCCCUCCACAAGCCUCACCUGUAUAAACAGUGUGGCCAUGUGUGGGAAUUUUCUUUUCAGCUUGUGGCAGAUCUGAAGCCAAGAGCAAAGGCUACAGUAGUGACCGGGAGCAGACAUAAAAGAUGAAGGAGGAGGUCCAGACUAGUCGC